AUGCCAGCUGGUAUCAAUGGAUGUCUUCUAGUGUAUCAAGGAAAGCAACGAAAAUUCCUAGUAACCGUGGACCACUAUUCCGACUAUUUUGAAAUUGAUAUCCUCAAAGACUUAACUCCUUCGUCAGUCAUUCAGGCAUGUAAACGCAACUUCGCUUGUCACGGAACACCUCAAAGGGUCAUAUCGGACAAUGGUUCAAAUUUUGUCAAUGAGGAAAUGGUGCAUUUCAGCAAGCAAUGGGACUUUAAGCACUCCACCUCGGCUCCGUAUCACCAGCUGGCAAAUGGGAAAGCCGAGGCUGUAGUAAAAAUCGCAAAGCACCUAAUCAAGAAGACAGCAGAAUCUGGUCAGGACCUGUGGUUGGCGUUACAGCUUUGGCGUAAUACACCGAACAACAUCGGUGGUAGUCCGGCAUCGAGAUUGUUUUUCCGUGGUACGAGGUGUGCCAUUCCUAUGCCGGGUACGAACUUGGUACCUGUAGGAUCGGGCCCCUCGUUAUAG